CUGCUUGAAAGCGAUGGCGCGGUUGUCGCAGGGGUCAACCAGGGAUUUAUGGCAGUUCCUAACUGGGGCAACAAGACCUCAGGAACUGAUUGCCAUGCAACUACAUCAAUACAAGUUUCUCCUGACUACUGGGUUAUCCUACUAUAAGCAGCCAAGCAAUCCAAGUGGUGAGUUGUUGGAGAAAGAACUAAAGCACCAAAUAAGAGCAGAGCAAAAGGAAGCUGUGAAGAAAUUGAGCCAGUUUCUGGGUUUGGAUGAGAUCAUCACAUAUGACAUAUACAGAUUGUAUUUACAGCAUGAUUACAGAGGAUCUCAAAAGGAUCUACAGACCAUGUUGGGAGAAGACCGUCACAUGAGGGCAUUAGUGCUGAGAACCAGGGACUUCUACUUCAGUGAGCGACUCUACUUGCUCAGAUGUAUAAAGCAUAUCCUUAGUAAAUGGCAGCAUGAGGGAUACAGAUAUCAGGAGGUUUUCUUUGAUUUUUUGGAGGAUGUUAAUAAGGAUAACGCACUCAUUGAAAAUGUACUAGACCAGUAUGAAAUGGUGUGUUCCACUACUGCUCCUUCAUUGGACACCUACGGGAACUAUAUGACUGAGGAACAGGCUGUAUUAUGGCUGAAACAGAACCUCAGGGAGCAGAUUGAACUUCUGCAGAUAAUGAUGUACUAUUACAAAGAUUUUCAACACCCAUUGCCUAAACUGGGAAAAGUGCUAAAACAGUUCAAGGAUCAGGGGUUUGGUCGUCAUCAGCUCAACAAACAUCUCCUAGAUGAGACAACAGAGUUGGCAGUUGAAUGUAUAGGUGGCCUUCAGGUUCUUUUGAUAUUAGAAGGCUUGGACUUGGAGUUCUUCUAUGUCUGCAUGGAAGAUAAUGAUUUCAGCCGUCAUCAUGUGUUGUCAGAAAGCAGAGUUACUCAGGAAUUUGAGACACAUGUAAAAACUUUAGGGGAGAGUGUGCACCAUGGACCUAUCUUAUUAGCAUGGUCAGUAAUAAGCCAUCUGUCAGUAGGAUAUGAAAGUGAAAGCCUUUCUAAGAGACUGGGAAACCAUGCACUUCAGCUGGAUGUCUUCAGAUAUUUGUCUGCAGCUCUAGGGAUGGAAGUGUUUGAUGAUAAAGCAUUGUCUGAGAUGAGCCAUUCCAUAGUGUAUGGACUGUUAACUAUUGUACUGAAGACCUUUGAGAAGGACACGCUGGGAGACACUGAGGCCCUGUAUGACAUUGUUGCCAAAGUUCUAUCCCAGACAUGCGUGGCAGAGGAUUUUUGGGAUAAGGGCCUCCAGGAAGGCAUUGGCCCUCUGUUUCAAGCUGUGUGUUGUUAUUUCCCUCUGCAGUUUAGACCUCUGCUGCAGCUGGCAACUGCCUUGGCCUCAGCCAAUAGUGACAGUGCUGCUAAGGUGAGCAGACACUUGCAACAUUUGCAGUACUACACAGAAUGGCUGGACAGAUAUGCUUCAGAUGAACUGGAGGCUACUAAUGAUCUAGUGUGGCAACUGAGAAAACAAAAGAUGCCUUAUGGAACAGUGCCAUUAUGUUACCUGAUGUUUUGUGCAUAA